AUGUAUAAUUGUAAAAUAAAAAUCAAAGAUAUAAUGUUGACCACUCCAGAAUUGUUGGCGGACAUUGAGGCUGGAAAUCUCCGCAAAUGUAUUUCAGAACAAACGUAUGAGGAGUCUAUGGAACCAACGUUCCUUGAACUCAAAGCGAAGUACGGAGACAUCUCCCACAUUGCUUUUGACCCCGAGAAACACUUACGAGUCAUUGCAGGUGGACCGGUUGAGAACCACAAGUUCCAGAACACAAGAAGAUUGACCAUGGAGGAAUUGGGACUCUCCAGCAAGAAACAAAUCAGUCCCAUUGGAGUUUCUGACCCAUUUCCCUUGUUUACCGAUGAAGCAAUUGACAUUAUGAGGCUUGAGCUUCUUGAGAAGAACAAUGUGCUCGAACAUGCUCGUGCCAUUUUCAACUCUACUGGUGUGGACUGUUGCGUUAGAGGCUGGGUCAGAAAGAACAAGCAGGUGCAGAAGAAGUUCACUUUCGAUGCGUGGAACCACCCCAAGACCAUGGAGUUGAUCUCAACGGUCGCUGGCACCGAGUUGAAGAUCGUAAUGGAUUGUGACAUUGCUCAUACAAACAUCAGCUUGACGUCUGCUGAAAGGGCCCAACAGGAGCGAAUUGACCAUCAAAGCGAAAUUGCACUUAAGACCAAAGGCGGCGAAAGUAUGCCGGCUGUGGUUGGCUGGCACACCGACUCUCCACCUUUCGUAUGUGUUCUCAUGAUGUCUGACACCACAAACAUGAUUGGCGGUGAGACAUUUCUUCGUAUGGGAAACGGGGAAAUUGCUUGUGUUCCUGGUCCAAGAAAGGGCUACGCAGCCAUUUUGCAGGGUCACUUGAUCCAGCAUUUGGCCUCCAAGCCCCGUGGAGCUACUGAGAGAAUCACUGAGGUGACUUCUUUUAUCGCGAAGGACCCAUUAGCCAUCGAAGACUCUGUGUUGUCGACAGUGAAGCCAGAAGUCAACUAUUCCUCGAGAUAUAAUGAGUUUUACCCAGAAUGGAUCGACUAUCGUGUGGAGAUUCUCACCAAGAGACUCGAGCAUUUGCAGAAGACAUGCAAUGAGUCAAAGAAGUUCGAUAAGGCCGGCACCAUCGAGGCGUUGAAGCUGAUUGAGGCGUACUUGGCCAAGACGUACACGGAGAUGGAGGUUUCGCCCGAGGAGUGGGCCAAGAUUGUUAGCAAGGGCUAA